AUGCCCCGUCAGCUACAGCUUCGAUGCUUCGAUGCAAAGAGGCCGGAAGAAGAUCGCUUGGUGAUAAUUUGGGACUGGCUCAUGCCCCUAUUUUGGGGGCCGCCGCCAGGUGAAAGAGAUUUUGUGAGACUGUCUACUAUAGAAGAGUUCGUCGAGAAAAAUCUUCGUUUUCAGAAGUGCAAGGCUGUCGCCGGCGACACCUGCUCCUGUGGCAAGAAGCCAAAUGAAGUGGUAUCUCCUGGACAAUCUCCGAACCACUACGAGCACCGCGUGAGCAAAGUGCACGGGCCACUGUACCGCCACGGCGACCGUGCUCCAUUAAGCUCCUACCCCAACGACCCGUACAACGAUGUGGCGCGCUACUGGCCCAGAGGAUACGGUCAGCUGUCAGAGAUCGGUGAGGAGCAGCACUACAGGCUGGGCUCGUACCUCAGACAGAGAUACUUUGACCUGCUGCCUCUGAUGUACAACUACAACGACACCCACAUCAGGAGCACGGACGUGGACCGCACGCUGGCGAGCGCCCUCUGCAACCUGGCGGGGCUGUACCCGGCGUCCAACACGUCGCGCGUCUGGCCCCACGUCGCCUUCCAGGCCAUCCCGGUGCACACCGAGACCCAGGACCACGACCACCUUCUGAAACCGGCGGACUAUUGUCCCAAGUACCUCAAAGUCCUGUCAUACGUGGAGAGUUCCAAAGAGUACCAGUGCGUCAUGAACCUGACGGCACAGCUUCAGAAGGAGGUGGCAGCUUUUGCUGGGUAUUCGACAUAUACUUCAGAUAUCUACGACAUCCUUUUUAUCGAGGAGCUGUACAACUUGACUCUGCCUAGCUGGGUGUGGUCAUACUACCCAAACCCUUUGAAGAGCCUGUACUUGUUCGACGGAUUCAUCACUUGGGGAUCAACAACCGAACUACAGAGACUGUCUGCAGGUCCCAUGCUGAAAGAGAUCAUCGAGAACAUGCAGCGCAAGAUCAACGGCACGCUCAACCCUGACCGAAGUCUGUACGUGUACUCGACCCACGACGACAACGUGGUCAACACUCUGAUGGCCCUGAAAGUAUUCAACGGCAUAUUGGUUCCGUUCGCAUCUGCGGUGCUCACUGAACUCAGAGCGCUGAACAACAGCUAUUACGUCACUGUGUCGUACAAGAACAGCACGGAGACGGAGCCGUACCUCCUGCAGCUGCCGGGAUGCGACUCCCUGUGCCCUCUGGACCAGUUCGUGGAGCUGACCAAGGAGGUCAUCCCCGACGACCUGGACACCGAGUGCGCCGAGGAAGUGACGGCAGGAACGGAGUACCUCUUCCAGGUCCCCGCCGCCGCUAUCCUGCCGGAGUGGGAGCACUGCUUCCAGAAGCCCAAGUCCGACGACGGCCUGUUCCACUUCCUGUCGGUCAAAACUUCCAGCAAGUAGACGACG